CACCCUGUGAUAUCAAUGCGCACCAGUCCAUGUGCAGUUCAGUGGCCUGAGAAGAAGGCCGAAGUGUUCGCCAGUUUUCCACUUCUUUUUCAAGUGCAGAAGCAAGACAAGUCGAUCAAAUUGGCCACUGGAUUGUAGGGAAAGCUAGCUCCCAACAUGGAUGUCAUAGCACAGAUGCUACAUGUCCUAGAAAAGACAGUAUCACCCGAUAAAAAUGAGCUGGAUGCGGCGCAGCAGUUCCUUGAGCAAGCGGCUGAGAAAAAUCUGCCGGAGUUCAUCGUCACGCUGUCCAAGGUCCUGGCAGACCCAGCAAACAGCCAGGUGGCCCGCAUGGCAGCUGGUUUACAGCUGAAGAACCAGCUGACGUCCAAGGACCCGGCCCUCCAGGUGCAACACCAACAGCGCUGGCUCAGUAUGGACAUGAACAUCAGAGCCGAGAUCAAAAACAAUGUCCUGCAGACACUGGGUACAGAGACUACCAGGCCCAGUUCAGCAGCACAGUGUGUGGCCGGGAUCGCGUGUGCUGAGCUUCCCCACAACCAGUGGCCGGGAAUCAUCGCACACCUGGCCGGUAACGUGACCGCCAUGCCGGCUAGAACCGAGGCUGUGAAGGAGGCUACCCUGGAGGCUAUCGGAUACAUCUGCCAGGAUAUGGACCCACAACAUCUGCAGUCUGAAGCCAACAGGAUCCUGACGGCCAUCGUACAGGGCAUGAGGAAAGAAGAACAAAGUAUUCCAGUGAAACUGGCGGCCACAAAUGCUCUCCUGAAUUCCCUGGAAUUCACCAAGGCUAACUUUGACUCUGAUUCCGAGCGCCACUUUAUCAUGCAAGUGGUGUGUGAGGCAACCCAGUGCGAGGAACACCAGGUAAAUGUGAAAGUAGCAGCUUUGCAGAAUCUGGUGAAGAUCAUGUCUCUGUACUACCAGUACAUGGAGUCUUACAUGGGACCUGCACUGUUCGCUAUCACCCUGGAAGCAAUGAAGAGUGAUGUGGACGAGGUGGCCCUACAGGGCAUUGAGUUCUGGUCAACAGUUUGUGAUGAAGAAGUGGACCUAGCUAUAGAGGCGAGUGAGGCUAUGGAACAGGGGCGCCCUCCCGAGCACACGAGUAAGUUCUAUGCCAAGGGUGCGCUGCAGUACCUGGUACCCAUCCUCAUGCACACCCUCACCAAACAGGAGGAGUUCGAUGAUGAUGAUGACUGGAACCCCUGCAAGGCAGCAGGUGUGUGCCUGAUGCUGUUGGCCACCUGUUGCGAGGAUGAUGUUGUGAAGCCCGUGUUGCCCUUCAUCCAAGAACACAUCAAGAGCACAGACUGGCGCUUCAGAGAUGCAGCCGUCAUGACUUUUGGCUCCAUCCUUGAGGGCCCAGACCCCACCACACUGAAGCCUAUGGUCGUUGCCGCCAUGCCCAUGUUGAUAGAACUUCUGAAGGACCCCAGCGUUGUGGUCAGGGACACGACAGCCUGGACCGUGGGAAGGGUUUGCGAGCUGUUGCCGGAGGCGGCCAUAAACGAGUCGUAUCUCGUGCUAUUGCUGACCACACUUGUGGAAGGUCUGGACGCGGAACCCAGGGUGUCUGCAAACGUUUGCUGGGCUUUCUCCAGCCUUGCAGAGGCUGCGUACGAUGCCACCGAGACCACCGAGGACGAGCCAGCCACGUACUGCCUCUCCUCGUCAUUCGAAGUCAUCGUUUCCAAACUGCUAGAAACUACCGACAGAGCUGACGCUGGGAACAGCAACUUGAGAAGUGCUGCUUACGAGGCUCUGAUGGAACUGGUGAAGAACAGUGCCAAGGACUGCUAUGUCAUCGUGCAGAAGACUUCUCUGAUCGUCAUGGAUAGAUUGCAACGGGUACUACAGUUAGAGGCUGCAGUUCAGACUAGUUCAGACAGGGCGCAGAUCAAUGACCUACAGUCCCUGCUGUGUGCCUCCUUACAGGCUUGUUUAAGAAGGAUGAGACCAGAGGACACCAGACAGAUAGCAGACCGUGUGAUGACAAUGAUUAUAGAGAUGUUGAACGUGUCGAAGGGGAGGUCUGGGGGAGUGCAGGAGGACGCCUUGAUGGCUGUGGGAACAUUGGUGGAAGUGUUGGGUACAGAGUUUAUGAAGUAUAUGGAGGCAUUUAAGCCUUAUCUGGCCUUGGGACUAGGAAACCAUGCAGAGUACCAGGUGUGUUUGGCAGCUGUGGGCCUUGUUGGUGACAUCUGCCGCGCCCUCAGCACACAAGUGGCUCCAUACUGUAACGACAUUAUGCAACUGCUGCUAGAAAACUUGGCUAAUGACAGUGUCCAUCGGUCAGUGAAGCCCCAGAUCCUGUCUGUGUUUGGAGACAUUGCCUUGGCCAUUGGUGCAGAGUUUAAGACCUACCUGGAGGUGGUCCUCAGCACCUUACAGCAGGCUUCACAGGCACAAGUAGACAAGAGUGAUUAUGAUAUGAUAGACUACCUGAAUGAGCUAAGAGAAGGCUGCCUGGAGGCCUACACCGGGAUUGUGCAGGGUCUGAAGGGAGAUGGCAACAACAUUACCGACAUAGCCAUGCUGCAGCCACAUGUGGCUUACAUCAUCAAAUUCAUCGAACACAUUGCCAAGGACGAGGACCAUUCCGAUAGCAAUGUGUGCUGUGGUUCUGGCCUAUUAGGUGACCUGGUGACAGCCUUUGGGAACGACAUAAUUCCACUGGUGGAGACACAGACCAUCCAAGACUUCCUGCAGGAGGGCCGGCGCUCCAAGACAGCCAAGACAAAAACACUCGCCACAUGGGCUACCAAGGAAAUCCGCAAGCUUAAGAGUCCAUGGGGAGGUAGUACUAGUACUGACGCACAGCUCUGUCGAGGGAGCCACGUCUCCCCGUUUCCCGCUAGCUCCGCCCCCAACGGCCAUGUGAACGAUGGAGAGUCUGCAGUGGACCUAUCUGGUAGUGCAUAGGAGUAAUAAGAAAAGCAUUCCGAUGGAAUGCCCGUAUCUGCAGGAGCGUGUGCUUCUGCCGUUGCUGUGUGGACGAGACUGUAUGUGGAUGCCUGCGAGAGAAAGAGAGAACAUACGAGCCUCGGCCCCAGGACCUGUCACCAUGGCAACCAUCAGCCAACCAAUCAGCCUUGCGGAAAUCCCUGCAAACAACGUAUUAUUCGGAGAUGGAAGUGAUUUCUACACCCGCUCUGUCAAGGACAUGCCUUAGAAUUAAAAAUCAAACAACACACAGUACCCAUUGUAAGUUAUUAGGUCCGAACAAGUAUGUAAAUCAAUGCAGCAAUAAGGUAUUCCAAACCGAUUCAUUCAAAUCUUGUCUAGUUUUAAAGAUAUAAAAGUGUGUUUCAAGCAGGUUGAAAACUUGUUGCUGUGUGUAGUAGGAAUAUAUGCUGUCAUGAAUAUAGUUUUGCUGGGUGCUACCAAGCUGAUGUUUAAAACCCUGGGGCCAUGUCCAUUCUUGAUUAUGAAUGGGUGAUACUAGUAUGACUGGUAUGGAUGCGUGAAAGAGUGUGUGCGUUGUACGCUAAAACACCAACUGAUAUACAAAAAGAGCCUCUUCAUCAAACGGCCAGAAAAAAUCUUUUCAACCAGCGUAUUGGUGCAAAUCUUCUAAAAAAAUGAAUAAAGACAACAAAGAGUGUACCAUAGAUAGGAAUAUGUGUAAAUUAUUUUGUAAAAUCCCAACGAGGGGCACUUUAUAUACCAAAUGUUUUAUAUGUUUCAAUAAGAGAUGUUGACUUUUUCUGGCUUCAUCUAAGAAGAUAUGACAAGUCAGGCCAAGUGAGAAAAAAAAUUGUUCUGUGCGUUGAUGUCCUGAAAAAAAGUGUCACGACUAUAGCUUCCACGGUUGUACUGAGGAUAAAGAAUUUAUGAAGUAGCACUAUUGAAAUAGCUCAGUUUGAUUUUUCUAUGCAAAAGGAAUUGCAAAUUUAGAGCUAAGCUCAGUCUGGUCUCCAGCACACAGAAGUUAGCAUCGCAUUCGCCGCUGCAGAUUCCACCAAUACACUGGUUGAAACAACUUGCAACAAGUUCUGUAAAUUUGGCUUUCCCAUUCUUGGUGAAACCAAUGUCUAGUCAAUGUACUAAUUCCUAUGUGAAACAAAAAUAAUAAAAAAUCUGCUCUACGAAAAAAUUACAAAGAAGAUAUUUUGUCCCGAGGACUUUUUUGGUACAAAAGAGAAAAAAAGCAAAAAUCUGACAUUGGUUUCCAACCUUGUUAUACAUUGUAGGUGUGGUCUAUGCUUUUUCUUUUGUCAGAUAGCUCACUUUCUUAACUAUGCAUGUUUCCUUUGUUGGCCAAAGAUUUGCAGUGACAUCCAUACACGGCCUGUCUUGUAGAAGUGUCCACUUCUCAUUUAGAAAAUCACAAAAGUUAUUGACUUACACCACAGUAUCCAUAAACAAGAGACUUUGAAAUAACUUGUAUAGGAUGUAUUUGCAGUUGUACAUGUACAUUCAAAGUCCAGAAAAAAAGUCUCAACAUCACAAUUUCUGAUCGUACAGUGCCUUUACUUUGGGUCAACUUUACCAUGGCACAUACUGAAGAAAAACCUUUGUCUUCCCUUGAAAAUACAUGUAUACAACAAAGAUGAAUUCUUGUGUGUGUUGACAAAAUAGUUUGAUCUGUUGUAGCGAGUUGCAAGGUAUCAAAACAUAUUAAGAUUACUUUACGAUUGUCAUAUGUUUAGCAGAUUAAUAAGAGACUGAGAGAUAUAACAGAUUUUGUAUGUGAGAGUUGAGGAGCUAUCUGUCAAAUAAAGAAGACCACAGAACUGCA